UCUCUUUAUUUUAUUUAUUAUUUUUUCUUCUUCACACACACACGGCUAUUAACUUUGGCCAAAAUCAGCUCUCUUCCUCUUUCUCAUUCUCCACUCUUCCCAUGUCUUUUCAUUCGAAUCCCUUUCCUUCUCUCUAGUUUCCUCUUUUUUAUACAUACGCGUGCAUUCAUUCUUAUUUUACUAUUUAUCUCUAUUUUAUUUUAUUUUAACGUCAUCGGCCCUUCUUUUUUCACAUUCUAUUGUUACUCCUCCAUUUCAGCCACACCACAACAAAUCAACCAUGAAAUUCGGUCACCAACUCAAGACCUCGCUCUAUCCAGAAUGGGUCUUCUAUUACCUUGCCUACGACAAGCUCAAGGCUGAACUUAAGACUCGUAUCAACCAGAACAAUGGUGGCUGGACUGAGGACGACGAAACGGCAUUCGCAGAGUUGCUGGAGAAGGAACUUGACAAGGUCUACUCCUUCCAAAAAGUAAAGUCCGGCGAAAUCAUGCGUCGUCUACAACAUUCGAAGCAGGAAGUCGAGGAGAUCAUUCAGUCUAACGACGCACAGAACGAGGAUUAUGCCCUUUUGGAAGAGGAACUUCAGCAUAUCAUCGCUGACGUGCACGACCUUGCUAAAUUCACUCGACUCAAUUACACUGGAUUCCUCAAGAUCAUCAAGAAACACGAUAAAAUCACUCACUGGAUCCUUAGGCCCAUCUUUAUGGUCCGUCUCAACUCAAAGCCCUUCUAUAAAGAAAACUACGAUGCAUUGAUUGUAAAGCUCUCGAAUCUUUAUGAUACUGUCCGGACACGGGGGAAGGCGCACGGUGGAGACUCAGCUGCAGGAGGCAACCAGCAAGCCUUCGUUCGUCAAACCACUAAAUACUGGGUCCAUCCCGACAACAUCACGGAGCUUAAGCUGAUCAUUUUGAAACAUCUUCCUGUCCUAGUUUUCAAUCCCAAUAAGGAAUUCAGCCCUGCUGACAGUGCUAUCUCAUCCAUCUAUUUUGAUAAUGAAGAGUUUGAGCUCUACAUGGGACGCUUGGAAAAAUCGGAGGGCGCAGAGGCUCUCCGUCUAAGGUGGUAUGGUGGCAUGGAUCAACAGCAAAUUUUUGUGGAGAGAAAGACACAUCGCGAGGAUUGGACUGGUGAAAAAUCAGUCAAGGCACGUUUCCCUAUCAAGGAGAAAUACGUCAAUGCUUUUUUGCGCGGCGAGUAUACCAUGGAUGCUACAGUCGCCAAGAUGAGAGCUGAAGGCAAGAAGUCGGAGAAGGAGAUUGAAGAAUUUGAACAACUUGCUGCUGAGUGCCAAUAUGGAAUCUUGACUAAGAACUACGGACCAGUGCUGCGUACAUUCUAUAAUCGUACUGCUUUCCAGCUCCCUGGAGAUGCUCGUGUUCGAAUCUCUCUCGACACCGAGCUUACUUUGAUCCGUGAAGACAAUAUGGAUGGCAGGGUUAGAUCUGGAAAUAACUGGCGUCGUAUGGAUAUUGGCAUCGACUGGCCUUUCAGUCAGCUUCCGGAUGACGAUAUCUGCCGCUUCCCUUAUGCAGUCCUUGAGGUCAAGCUGCAGACACAGCAUGGUCAAGAACCCCCAGAAUGGGUCCGUGAGCUCGUCAACUCACAUCUAGUCGAGUCUGUGCCCAAGUUCUCAAAGUUCAUCCAUGGUGUCUCAACCUUGAUUGAGCAUCGCGUUAAGCUCUUCCCUUUCUGGUACCAUCAGAUGGAUAUUGAUAUCCGUAAGCCUCCCAACAAGAAUGUAUCCAUUUCUCGUCCCGACCCAAGUGGGUAUAGUACACCAGCCAAUGCGACUAGCGAUGAAGACCACGACAGAAUCACAGUAGGCGAUGAGGAGCAAGGUUACCAAGGCGGAGCCAAGCGUUCUCAAGAUUAUGAAUGGGUUGAUGAGGAAGAUGACGAAGAGAAUCCUUUAGAACCUUCCACCCACUGGAUCCAGCGUCCUUCCCAAACCUCGAGCAGCGCCUCGAGCGAACGAACACCUCUUCUAGGUAGUCAAAGACGCCAACUCAAGAACAAAAAUUCGCUGAUCUCACCAUUCAAGCCUGGUGCAGAGACACUCCGUUACUUAUUCCGCCGUACUAAGGACAGAGCUGGGCAUCCAUUUGGCGAGGAUGAGGCCGUAAAUGCCAAUCAGACAACGUAUCUGAUCACGCCUCCGGGACGAAAGAUCGCAACCCUUGUCCGUGUUGAGCCUAAAGUCUAUUUUGCAAAUGAGCGCACGUUCCUUUCCUGGCUCCAGUUUACGGUUCUGCUGGGUGGUCUCUCAUUGGGUUUGCUUAACUUUGGCGACAAGGUCUCGCGCGUGAGUGCAGGUCUGUUUACGUUCGUGGCUUUGUCGUUUAUGGUUUAUGCUGUAGUUACCUACCAUUGGCGUGCAUAUAAGAUCCGUAACAAGGAACUGGGACCAUUCGAUGACCGGAUCGGGCCUACACUUCUGUGCUUCAUUCUUCUAACUGCAAUGGUGACUAACUUUUUCUUACAGUGGGCUUAUGAGAAAAAGAGGCCUUAGAUCUCAUUGGUACAGUCAGAGCUAGAGUCAUAGCCAUUACUAUUGUCACUAUUAUUUCCUAUCUACGCGCAGCAUUUCUUUAGCAUUCUUCUUUUUUCUUUUAUUCAAAUGAAGUCAUAAAACAUACCAAUAUCAUAGCAAU